AUGGAGAGAAGCAAUCAUAUCGUGACAGAGUUCAUCCUGGUGGGCUUCACAACAGACCCAGUUAUGCAGCUGAUCCUGUUUGUGGUAUUCCUUGGUGUGUACUCUGUGACAGUGGUAGGAAAUGCCGCCCUCAUAGUGUUGAUCUGUAAUGACUCCCGGCUGCACACACCCGUGUAUUUCUUCAUUGGGAAUCUGUCUUUUCUGGAUCUCUGGUAUUCCUCUGUCUACACCCCAAAGAUCCUCAUAACCUGCAUCUCUGAAGACAAAAGCAUCUCCUUUGUUGGCUGUGUAUGUCAGUUCUUCUCAGCUGGGCUGGCAUACAGUGAGUGUUACCCGUUGACCACCAUGGCUUAUGACCACUACGCAGCCAUUUCCAACCCCCUGCUUUAUGGUCAAGCCAUGUCAAGGAGAUUGUGCAUAUGUUUGGUUAUAUAUUCCUAUACUGGAGGUUUUGUCAAUGCAAUAAUACUCACCAGCAACACAUUCACAUUGGAUUUUUGUGGUGAAAAUGUUAUCGACGACUUUUUCUGUGAUGUCCCACCACUGGUGAAGUCGGCAUGUGAUAUGAAAGAGAGUUACCAGGCUGUGCUGUAUUUCCUCCUGGGCUCCAACGUCAUCACCCCCACAGUGCUCAUCCUCGCCUCCUACCUAUUCAUCAUCGCUGCCAUCUUGAGGAUCUGCUCUAUCCAGGGCCCCCGCAAGGCCUUCUCCACCUGCUCCUCCCACCUGGUCUCAGUCACCUUGUACUAUGGCUCCAUUCUCUACAUCUACUCUCGCCCAAGUUCCAGCUAUUCCCUUGAGAGGGAUAAAAUGGUAUCAACAUUUUAUAGUGUGCUGUUCCCCAUGUUGAACCCCAUGAUCUACAGUCUGAGGAAUAAGGAUGUGAAAGAAGCCCUGAAAAAACUUGUCUGGUUAACACAAUCGGAAGUCUGA